AUCGGUGUGGCCGCGCGGCAUUCCGGCCGCAGCGGCGGCGGCACCACCACUCCGGGGACGCGCCGUCUGCUGUGUGACAGUCGAGCCUAGCACGGUGGCGUCCGGACGCGGGCGCCUUAUCGCUCUUAUCGGCGGACGACGGGCGGACGCGAACGGACCGGACCAGCGGGGGAGGCUUUAAGAGACCCGUAGACAUCGCGAGCGGCGGCAAGGCAAGGCGCGUAGCACGAGUGGACGGAUCGCAUAGAAGACGGAACGAUGUCGCCGAACGAGUUGGACGAAACAGCUGUGGAGAAUUUCCGCGAGUACCUGCGAAUACCGUCGGUGCAGCCGGACAUCAAUUACGAUGAGUGUGUGGCAUUCCUAAAGAAACAGGCACAGUCACUCGAUUUGCCGCUGAAAGUCUAUCACGUAUACCCCAAGAAACCGAUUGUGGUUUUGACAUGGGAGGGAACGCAGCCGACGAAACCAUCGAUUCUCUUAAACAGUCACAUGGAUGUCGUACCCGUCUUCGAAGACAAAUGGACCUAUCCGCCGUUCAGCGCUCACAUGGACGAGCAGGGCAACAUCUAUGCUCGCGGGGCACAAGACAUGAAGUGCGUGGGAAUACAGUACCUGGAGGCGAUUCGCAGAUUGAAACUGAACGGGCAACGCUGCCAACGCACAAUUCACAUGUCCUUCGUCCCGGACGAGGAGAUCGGUGGAGUUCUCGGGAUGAAAGAAUUCGUGCACACUCCAGACUUCAAAGCUUUGAACGUUGGUUUCGCGAUGGAUGAAGGUGUCGCCAGUCCGUAUGAGCACUUCUACAUGUUCAAUGGAGAAAGAUCGAUCUGGCACGUUGAGAUUAAGUGCGAGGGCACUCCCGGGCACGGAUCGAUUAUGAUGGACAAUACGGCUGGAGAAAAAUUGCGAGUCAUAAUUGACCGCUUCAUGGAUUUCAGAGCUUCCGAGAAAGCAAAACUCACAGACCCAAUGAAAUUAGCAGUUGCGCUUGGCGAUGUAACUUCUGUGAAUCUUACAAAAAUUUGGGGUGGCGUACAAACUAACGUAAUACCCCCUGAGCUCAGUGCUAUGUUCGAUAUUCGUAUAACACCUUCCGUUGAUCAUGAGGAAUUCGAGGCUACUAUCAAACGUUGGUGCGAGGAAGCUGGUCCAGAUGUAACCUACUCCUUUGAAGAAAAGAAUCCUAAAAUUGAGAACACUAAGCUUGAUGAUUCUAAUCCUUUCUGGCUUGCUUUUAAAAAGAUUUGCGAUGAAAUUGGUGUCAAGUUCGAAACCGGUAUCUUCCCGGGAGGUACAGACAGUCGUUUUGUACGACAGGUGGGUAUUCCUGCUCUUUGCUUCUCGCCGAUGAACAAGACAAAGAUACUUCUUCACGAUCACAAUGAGUAUCUCAACAAAGAUAUAUUCCUGAAGGGAAUAGAGAUAUACACCAAAAUAAUACCAAGUGUUGCAAAUGUUUAA